GACUGCCCAACACCCGGAUGUAUAUGUUCCCGUCAGGAGUGCCUCUAUUCGGCAUCAACAAACUGAACGGUGUUCUGCUGGCACGAGAAGGAACAAUGCCACAGGCUUGAUUUUCAAAUAUUACAAUUUGCAGCAACCAUGGGGGACGAAUUAGCAUCGGAAGAUGACAUUUUGCUUCGCUCAGAAAAGGACUUCCACGAUGCAGCUAGAAGGAAUGACACUGAGAGGAUGCUUGAGCUGAUGAGGAGAGGGGUGGACAUCAAGGCCAAAAACAAUAGAGACAGAACGGCCCUGCACUGGGCGGCAGGAGCGGGUCACGAGCAGGCCCUGCGGAUGCUGCUGGAGCAUGACGCUGGGGUGGACGAUGAAGACAGCUUUGGUAUGAAUGCCGUUCUCCUGGCUUCCUGGUUUGGUCAUUCCAAGAUCCUUCAGAUCCUUGUGAACGCUGGAGCGAAGAUCAACUGUGAAAACAAAAAUGGGUUGAAUAUACUGCACUGUGCCGCCCAGAGAGGUCACAUAAAGGUCAUGGAGUUCAUUAUGGAGGACCUGGAGGAUGUGCGUCUCGAUAAAGUUGACAAGGUGGGCAGAACCGCGUUCCACCUGGCUGCAGAGCACGGUCAGCUGGAAGUGGUGGAGUUUCUCAUUGGCUCUGGAUGCACACAUGGGCUGAAAGACAAGGACCAGAACACAGCCCUGCACUUAGCAGCAAAGAACGGACAUGCUGAGGUGCUGCAGAAAAUUGUGGAAACUGGAGUGGAUAUCGAUGAAAAGAACAUUGAAGGGUUGACAGCUCUGCACUUGGCCGCUGACGGAGGCCACUAUGAGUGUGUUAAACUGCUGUUAGAUUCCUGCUGCGACAUUAAUGUUCAAACAGAUAGAAAUAUGACUGCCUUACAUUACGCUGCAUUUCAUGGUUUUGAGAAAGUCAUAAGGCUGCUCGUUGAAGGAGGUGUCAGCACAGAUGCUGUUAACUAUCAACAUGCCACUGCUGUUCACAUCGCUGUGCUCAACAACUUCCCAGCGGCACUGAAAAUCCUCAUUGAUGCCGAAUGUGACCUUGACAUUGCUGACAAUAGGCAGCAGACAGCCCUUCACAUAGCAGCAGAACAUGGGAGGCAAGACAUCGCUGAAAUGAUUCUUAUAGCUGGUGUCAAUUUAAAACUGCUUGACAAGCAAGGAAAGACCUCCCUGGAUGUAGCUGCAAGAGGGAACCAUGUGAACCUUGUGGAUAUGAUUAUCAAAGCAGAUAGGUUUUAUAAAUGGGAAAAGGACAAUCUUAAUAGCGACUCAGAUUCCUGGGUGGGAAAACAUUUAACCUUCAAACAGGACCACAGGCUGGAGACACAGCACAUCCGCUCUGUAAUAUGGAGACUAGCAACGAAAUACCUCAAACAUAAUGAGUGGAAGAAAUUAGCACAUUACUGGAAAUUCACUGAGGCCCACAUCAGGGCAAUGGAGCAGCAAUGGACUGGCACAAAGAGCCAUAAGGAGCACGGCCAUAGAAUGCUGCUCAUUUGGCUGCAUGGUGUGAUCAUGGCAGGAGAAAAUCCAAUCAAAGGGCUGUAUGAGGGCCUUGUUGGAAUCAGCAGGAGAGACUUGGCAGAAAGCAUCAGAAGGAAAGCAAAUGCAGAUUCGAAUUCUCCAAAGAAGUGUAUAACCAUGUGAGACCUGUAUCUGCAGUGAAAAGGGAACACACUGGUGCUUCCUUAGAACAAACACCUUGCAUCACCACCACAGACCAACUGACAAAGGGAACAGUGUACAGCAUAGGAAACCGUUGCCAUUUUCUGCAGUGUAUUUCAAGCUAGUAAGGGCUACUACCUGCCACUUUGAUCAUUCCCUCUAAAGGCCAAAAGCAUCUUUUAAAAGCCUUUGCCUGUAUAAUUUAUAUUUGUAAUUUGCCUUCAGUUGUGAUGCAUUUCCUAAUUGCACACAGCGCAACCUUGUGGCUAAAUUACGCAACUGGAACAAUUAUCUUAAAGGAGAAGGUCAAUUCUGCACACGCAGUAGGUUUAGGACAGACUUUGUUCACUGUACCAUUUUUUUCUCUGGACACAGACAGAAGCACAGUUCUUUUUCAAAUGCACAGGUUUAAAAAUGUCAGGCAUUUUUUUGUAUUGUCUAUAUGCAACAAUAAGCUUCCGUGUGAUUUUUGUAUCAGUCUGACACACUGUAUUUUACUGUACUUGUGGUAUUUUAUAUUGCACCUCCAAUUCCUUUUACAGUGUAUUCUAAUAUUAUGUCACUCAGUGUUUCAGCAGAUGUCUUGUUAAAUAUGUUUUAAGCAAACCCGAUCACACAUUUUUUUUUGUAAUUCUGAAAAGGGUUUAACCUGCAUUAUCCUUAAAAACUGACACUAUGGUAAAACAAAACCCAUACCAGACUAGUGAAUCCUGUUUUUUAUUAAAUAAAACAUUUUGUACAUAAAACAGUGUGUGGUUUUUAUUUUCAGAUGAGUUCUGUUUAGUAAAACGCUGACCAAAAACAUGUCUGUGUUCCAUGAAGUUAGGAGAUCAAAUAUCCAACAGGUCACCUUGCCUAAAUAGCAGUAGUCUCUCCACAGUGUGCACAGGUUCAGGUGGUCUGUUCUACAGCAAGUGUGGGGGAGUUUGCACUGAAAGGUACGCACAAUUUGCUGGCCUCAUUUUCCAGUGCUGAUUAUGUCUUGAUAUUUUUUCUUUUAAGAUAUGAUUUAGGUUAUAGCACAGAAAGAAUAAAAGUAAUAAAAAACAGGCACAGAAUCUUGUCAUUUUUUAAUGAAACAAUUGUGAAAUAACCAUUUUCAACUGAAAAAAAAACUGCUUCAAAACAGUUUUCCUUUACUUUUUUUCUGAAGUUCCUUGUCUCAACCAUAGGUAAGAAUUGAGCUAAAUCGGUCAGUGCCCUAACAAAUCAUAUUAUUAUUUUUUAUUUUUUUAUUUUUUUUUAGCAACAAUUAUGGCAAAGGCUGGCAAUCUUAAACAUAAAAUAAUUAAAACAAAGCAAAAAAAAAAAAAAAAAC